GUUUAACUUGGCCCAUCACACCUGCUUGCUAACAACGCAUGACGGAACCACACAAAGCUGUACACGACAUCACCUACCUAGGACUAUUCAAAUAUCAAACUGACCACCAGGGUUCUAGUCAAUGAAAGACGAGAAUACUUGAUGCGCGGUGUAUUUAAAACGUGGUAACGUAUAUCCUCACCAUAGCAACGGACAUAAAUGUCACAGUAGUUCAUUAUUUAUCGUCAUGUGGAUUUAAUAGAUAAUAAACUUAAAUGAGUGAAUCAGAAAUACUUGAAGAAGAUAGUUUAAAUGAAAUCAGCAGUGGUCAAGAAAGUGAUGGUGAAGAGAUUAACCAAAAGAAAAAGCAUGAGAACUAUUAUUCACUGAAUACUAAUACUAGAAACAACAACAACAAUGGCUAUACCACCACCAACAAUUUACUUGACUUCAAUGAUGACAAUAAUGACAUGCUAGUAUUCUCUUCUGAAAAUUAUAACCUCUUUGCUAAUACAAUGAAUGAUUCUCUUCAGAAAAAGAAUGAUGAAUUUACACAAUCUCAGUCAGUCCCACCAUUAAAUUUACUAUCUGAAGAUGGUAGUAUUAUUGAAGCCACUGAAUCAUGUAAAGAGGCAUUUGAUAUUGACCUGAGAGCUAAAUGUCAUACACCCUAUUCUCCAGAAGGCUCUGUUACUCAGUCAAAGGAUGAGAACGUUUCAACUCAUUGGAAUCAUUGCAGUCAAAAGUUACAGAAAUUGCAAUUAGAAAAGAAUAAUUCUGGUAAUGGUAGCAAAAACCCACCGACCACAUUGAAGAAAAAUUAUCAAUAUGGUGAACCGAUUAUGGUCGGUGAAGAUCUUAUUGGGCGUCAACUAAUUUAUAAAAAGGAGACAAGGACAAAAUUGAAUUUCAUUGCUUCAAAUAAAUUGAAUAUUCGUCAAGGAAACGUUAGAAGUUGUUCUAAAACAUAUGGUCAACUAUACAAAGUGAAGUCACAAUUACAAUCUGGAUCAUCAAAAGCUCUUGGUCAUUAUGAUCUUUCACCUUGUCCAACUUCAAAGAUGACAAUGAAUGACAGAGAAUAUUUUCAAUCUGACCCAGUGUUAUUUACACAUGGAACACUUUUGAAUGAUGAAGGAGAAGACGAUAUGUAUGCAAUGAGAUAUAAUUCUACACUGAGACUGCCACUCUCACCACCGCCAUCUUCAACUUAUUCUCAAACAAAGUUACUACCCAAUAUAAACGAGCCACUUUUUUUUAAUACUAAAGACAACUUUCCAAGAGAAAAUUAUUCAGUCAAUCAGCCAACUGAAUCCUACUGGCAAAUUCAAGAGGCAAAUGAACAAUUCGUGACUAAGCAUUCGAGUAAUAACAAUCGAAUUGAAAAUUGUGGGAAAAAUUUUAAUGGCAUUAGUUAUCCGACUUCAGCAUCAGGUGUGUUUCGUAUGGGUAUGUUACAACAAGCAGAAUUGGCUAAAGCUCAUCGACAGUUCUGUCACAAGUAUCAUUCUUCUUCUGCUGCACCACUAGUAAGAACACGUUUGCAUGCAUUAUGUUCGCCACAAUUGAACGCAGAUCCAGCUAUGCAAACACAUUUUCAAAGUAACAACAAAUUGUCCAUAAAUAAAUAUUCUUAUACCUCAAGAAACUGUUAUAAUCAAAAGCCUUCAGUUCCACACUUCCAAACACAGCAAAGGUACACGUAUAAAGAUUAUAGUUUGCUACCGUCAAUGCAGUCGAAAUCUCGUGGAUUAGGCCCUGAUACAGAUAAUGAUGAAUAUCGCUUGAAGCUGGCGCGGAAAAUACGACAAAAUCUUUAUGCUGAACAUAUUAGGAAGUUCCAGAGAAAAUCUAAGACGAAAUCACUACAGUCUGAAAACAGCGUACAAAGUAAUGGUCCAUGUGACAGUCAUUGUAAUUCUUCUACUAAUGACAAUAAUCAUAAUAAAGAAAAUGAAGGAAAAGUGGAUCAAGUGACUAAUCACUGCUCAACUGAAAAUCAUCAAACUCAGGACGUGCGAAAUAAAUCUACUAAUCAAAAUGGUCAUGUGAAUGGUGAUCAUGAAAAUAAAUCAAUCGGUCAGAAUGGCUGUGUAACUAGUGACAGUCAGAGUAAAUCUGAUGAUUUUCACCUAACGCCUCUUUCAAACCAUCUGUCCUCUAGAAAUGCCAAGAAUGUUGAGUGUAGAACUGGCACUGCACGAAGUUCUGCGUUGUCUAAAGAAGACUUACAAAAGGCAAAAGCAGCAGAGAAGCGUUCGGCUGUAAGUUCUAUUCGUAACCACCAGCGUUUAUAUAUCACGUGGCUUUGGUAGCUUCAUGCAAAAGAUAUGUUGAGUGCAAUUAUGAUAUUUAUUCCCAAUGAAUGUAGCCACUUUUGACGUGAUGAUUCAUUAGUGAUCAGAAGUGAUUGUGAUAGUUGCAUUCCUCUGUUAUUACGUUUCAGAAUUGUGAGGAAAUAAACGAAUACUGGAUUUUAUCCUCAUGAGGAGUAAUUUUGAUGUUGUUGUUAUAAAACUCUGCCUAUAAACUCAUGAAGAGGAUCUGCCUGUCUGGGUAGUUUGCAUUACCGAGGACUCUACAGGUGGUUAUCUAGUCACUAAUUAGCAAACGGAAGCCAGAUGUAUAAAGGACUAGUUCUCGUGGUCGAAUGCCUUUUGAUUAAUUCUGUGAUACCUCCUGUUGUCCGUCUAUACAUUUCCAAGAGAUUAGUUCCCUUCCUAAGGAAUGGUAAUAUAAUAGAAUUAUCAACCUUAAGAGCGAAUGAGUCCUGUUGAACUUUAUUCAAUUUGUGAGGUGGAUUAUCCUGAUUGUGUAUAAACGGAGCAUAGUGCAGCGUUGUCCGACCCUACACCAACGGAGUUAUUCUCCUUGUUUUCAGGUCAUUUGUUAAGAGACGACCUAGUUGACUCUCUUAUUGUGAUGGGAACGUCAAAACAGGAAGCGAAAUUGUUGCAUCUCAAAAGUGCAUUCUUGAGGGCUCACUACUGCAUGUUUUUUAGGUUCUCCCCUAAAAGGCAUUAGUUAGUCUUAGUCUUUCACGGCUUUCCAUAUUAGCUGCCUAGUCAUAUGAAAAUUAAAGCCUGGACUUCAAGAUCUCGCUUUCUUUGGAGACUCUUCUAUAUCUAAUUUCUGGUUUUAAUCUACUUCUGUUAACGGUUAUCUACUAUGUAUCUUUCGAACUGCAGAUGCUCAGCUACGCACAACAUGUUAGAAAGCAACUUCAUAAUCAAAUUCACUCAAGCCAUUCUUCAUCUAACGCAUUGAAACAAAAACAGGAAUGUCACAAGAAUAUGGGGAAUCUUGGUGAAUGGAAAUCGUUUUCAAAGUCAGACAUAGAAUUGUCAGAAAUGUUACGCAGACACGAAGAAGACAGGAAACGAUGUGAAGAAAUACAAAAAACUUUGAGAAUUGAAGUCUGAGUGCACUUAAAUCGUUUACACUUUGUCUUUCAUACUUUAGGAAUUGUCUAAUCAAAACAGUUUUGUAAUAUUUUCAAAUUUAUAAUUGUAAUUCUUGUAUAUAAUUUGAACACUUUCUGAUGAAAAAAGUAUUAUCUGUGUCUUUGAUACUUGUGAUUAAUUAAUAUAUCUUCCAAUUAA